AUGGAGGUAAACAGGACCAUUGUGACUGAGUUUAUUCUCAGAGGAAUAACAGACAUUCCAGAGCUGCAAGUCCCCCUGUUCCUGGUGUUCUUCUUCAUCUAUGUCACCACCAUGGUGGGCAACCUUGGCUUGAUCUUUCUCAUCUGGAAGGAUUCCCAUCUUCACAUACCCAUGUACUUUUUCCUUGGAAGUUUAGCCUUUGCAGAUGCCUGCACUUCAUCCUCCGUGACACCCAGGAUGCUUAUCAACAUCUUAGACAGUGGUAAAACGAUUUCUCUUUUUGAAUGCAUGGCCCAAUAUUAUUUUUUUGGAUCCAGUGCAACCACAGAAUGUUUCCUCCUGGUAGCGAUGGCCUAUGACCGCUAUGUGGCCAUAUGCAACCCUCUGCUCUAUCUUGUGGUGAUGUCCAACAGAGUGUGUGCUUGCCUGAUCAGUGGUUCAUAUAUAAUUGGUUUUUUGCAUCCACUUGUUCAUGUUGGCUUGCUAUUUAGGUUAACCUUCUGCAAGUCCAAUAUAAUAGAUCAUUUUUACUGUGAGAUCCUGCCACUCUAUACAAUUUCUUGCACUGACCCAUCUAUUAAUGCAUUUGUGGUCUUCAUUUUUGCUGCUGUGAUACAAGCUGUUACCUUCAUGAGUAUUGUAGUCUCCUAUGCCCACGUCCUCUUUUCAGUUCUGAAAACAAAGUCUGAGAGGGGCAGAAGCAAAGCCUUCUCCACCUGCAGUGCCCACCUGCUCUCUGUGUCUUUGUUCUAUGGCACUCUCUUCUUCAUGUAUGUGAGCCCUGGGUCUGGACCAAAUAAAUAUAAGGAUAAAAUGUAUUCUCUGUUUUAUACCAUUGUGAUUCCUCUACUAAACCCCUUCAUUUACAGCUUAAGAAACAAAGAAGUUUUAGGCGCUCUGAGAAAAAUCAUAAAGCCAUAA